UCCGCCUCUUCCUCUUCCUGCUUAACCCUCCGUUCAGAUCUAGUCCUCGGAAGGCUUUUCUCUCAAAGACAAUGUUUUUUUAAUUUGGGCUUUUAGGGUUCUUCUGGUUUUGGGGUUUUUCUGGAAGAUCUCAAUCAAUGAAAGCUGUAAAGUUAAAUUUUGUGGAAAAUUUCUUCAUCUGCAGAUUACAAAGCUUAUAUUGAAGAAUCUUGGAUGGAUUCCGAUUCCUUCAAUAUUUCGUUGGAUUUUCUCUAUCACUGGAGAACCUAUCUGGUAUUGAGAGUUUGGUUUCCCAAGCUGUUGUUCAUAGUUCAUUCGCCACUAAAAUAUGGAGACCCUUUUCAGGGUUGUGUGCUCCUCAUUCCCAGCAAGUCCUCCAAUCCCUCAUCGCUCACUUUCCACUAGAAACCCAUCUGUCUCGACCCUCAAAAUAGGCCCAUCUCCUGUGAGUGAGCUUGCAGAAGAGGACGUGCUGCAGACGUUCUUCAAGGAAAGACAGUUGAAUGGAGACUUCAUAUCAAGACUUUCUGAUGUGUUUUGGCAGAGGGAGUUUACGAAUUUUGUUGAUGGUCAUGGUGUUAGUGACAUUGAUGACACGACUACUCUACAACAAGCAGAAGAGCAAGUACAUGACCUCUAGCUCUUUUUAACUUUUUCGCAAACCUGAAUUUUAUUGAUCG